CUGCAUAUCCGCCCACCAUGGAGAAAGGUCAGGAUCUGGCUGUCGAGCAGCCUCUGGAUCUGGUCAGGCUGUCCCUCGACGAGCGCAUCUACGUCAAGAUGCGCGGAGACCGGGAGCUGCGCGGAAGACUGCAUGCAUAUGAUCAGCACAUGAACCUUGUCCUCGGGAACGUCGAGGAGACCAUCACUGUCGUCGACAUCAACGAGGAAACAUACGAGCAGAAAAUCCAGACGGUCGUCAAAAGCCACGACUUGCUCUUUGUUCGUGGAGAUGGUGUUAUUCUGGUUUCGCCUCCGUCGCGAACGUGAUUCAUCAAUCUUUGACAAAGCCGUCUUCAUCCCCCAAACCAACGCCCAAUCAUGGCGUGUGCAUCACUCACGAAGUCGAGCCGAGGGCUACUGAUCUAGCAUGCUCGAGCGCUGCAUCUGGCUCAGUGCCUUUGUCCAGCGGCAGCCGGGCCCUCGAUGAAGUUUCCAAAGGCUCCGCACUGGAGAAUAAAAUGAACGGGCACCAUAUGCUGCAUCGUUAUAGUAUUGAUCGCCACUUGCAACGGCAUUGCACUACAACGAGCUGUGACUCGACCCCGUUCAAACCGCAGCACUGGC